AUGCGCCGUGUCCCCACGCUGCGGCCCGGCAUUACCCGGGAGGUACCUGCCGGCGGCCCGGAGACAACCAGGGUAGACAGCACACAGCACAAGCCGGACCCCAUUCGGCCCGGCCCCGCCUACCGAGGGCCCUGCAGCUCCGCGCAGGCGCACUGCCACAAGCAGCGAGCGAAACCCGCAACCUUGCACCCCAAUUCCUGUCUGCCACCACCCCUCCCCCCUACACACACCGCUGCCGACGAUGGUCUCGCCCCAGGUCGGAGCACUGCUCCCGUGCCGCACAGGGGGCGACGGCACCUAACAGCAGCCGGGCUGGGACUGCGCUUCCCGUCCCGUGUCCCCGCCGGUUUCUGGCAAUCGCUCCAGGAAUCUAACCUUGCCCGGCCCGCCCUCACCUGUCACGCUGCAGCGGCCGCCGUUGCCUCCAUCUUGGGCCAGUCUUCUCGUUUCCUCGUUGAGUCCGCCUCCUCGGCUCCUCGGACUCUUGCUAUUGGUCCCGAAGGACUCAGCCCUCUACCCUCAUUGGAGCAGAGCCACAUAAAGUCAGAUGACUACCUCAAUUACCAGGUGUCACUGUCAUUCGAGGAUGUGACUGUGCACUUUAGCAAGGAUGAGUGGAAGCUACUGGACUCUACUCAGAGGUGCCUGUAUCGGGAUGUGACACUGGAGAACUAUAGCCACCUGCUCUCCAUGGGGUACCAAGUUCCCAAACCAGAGAUCAUCUUCAUGUUGGAGCAGAGAGAUGGGCUAUGGAUGUUGGAGGGGGAAACCCCAUGUCAGAAUUCUUCAGGUAAAUGGGUAUAUGUUGUUGGGAAAACUCAACAACAGAGAAUUUCUGGAGAAGUUUCAUUUAACUUUGAAAAAUUUAUUCAGUCCAUAAGAGAAGAUUCCUUAUGUUUCAUUUUAGAAGAAUCAUGGCAACAUAGUGAUCAACUGAAGAUAUAUCAGAAAAAUCAGAAUAACUCAAGCCAUAUGAAAGGAUUGAUUACAGAGAGGGACUAUGACUAUAAAAACACUGAAAAAAUAAUUCAUGUGAGUACCGAACUUGUUCCUUCAACUAGAAUACUCCAUAACUGUGAAACAUAUGAAAAGAAUUUGACACAUAUGUUAAACUUGCGUAGUCAUACUAGAAGCAAUGCAACAAAGAACCUUCAUAAGAGUUUUGGAAAUGGUAACAAUUUUGCCUAUAGCUCUUCCUCUACUAAGAAUGAAAAUCCGAAUACAGGAGUAAAUUUCUGUGAACUUAAUAAAUGUGAAAAAAUUCCUGGCCACAAACAAGUUUUCAUUCACCAUCCAAAAAUUCAUACUAGAGAGAAACUCUAUGUUUGUACUGAAAAGGAUUUCAUCCAGAAAUCACCUAUCUUUGAGCAUCAGAGAGAACUUGCUGGAGAAAAUUCCCAUGAGUGCAACAAAAAUGAGGACAUCACUGAGAAACCACAAAUAGGUGUGUCUCAGAGUAUUUAUACAGUAAAGAAACCCUAUAUAUGCACUCAAUGUGGAAAGGCUUUUACUCUCCAGUCAAACCUCAGUACACAUCAGACAGUUCAUACCGGGCAGAAACCUUACAAAUGCAGUGAGUGUGGGAAAGCCUUUUUCCACAGAUCAUAUCUCUUCAGACAUAUGAGAAUCCAUACAGGAUAAAAGCCUUAUGAAUGUACUGAAUGUGGUCGAAGCUUCUCCCAGAAUGCAGACCUCAAUAUACACCAGAAAACCCAUACUGGAGAGAAACAUUAUGUAUGCAGUGAAUGUGGGAAAGCUUUCACAAGAAAAUCAGCACUGAGAAUGCAUCAGAGAAUUCACACAGGAGAAAAACCCUAUGCGUGCAAUGAGUGUGGAAAGGCCUUAAUUCAGAAAUCACAUUUCAAUACACAUCAGAGAAUUCAUACGGGAGAAAAACCAUAGGAAUGCAAUGACUAUGGGAAAUCAUUUACUAAGAAAUUGCAACUCCAUGUGCAUCGAAGGAUUCACACAGGAGAAAAACUUUAUAUAUGUACAGAGUGUGGAAAGGUCUUCACUCAUAGGAAAAAUCUCACCACUCAUCAGAAAACUCACACUGGAGAGAAGCCCUAUAUGUGUUCUGAGUGUGGGAAGGCUUUUACUCAUCAGUCGAAUCUGAUUAAACACCAGAAAACUCAUAGUGGAGAGAAACCCUAUAAGUGCAACUGCUGUGGGAAAGCCUUUAUAUGGAAGUCACGCCUCAAAAUACAUCAAAGAUCUCAUAUUGGAGAGAGCUAUGAAUGCAGUGAAUGAAAGAAAGCUUUCAUCCAGAAAUCAACACUAAGAGUGCAUCAGAGAAUCCAUACAGGAGAGAAACCUUACUUGUGUCCUGACUGUGGUAUGGCCUUCAUCGAGAAGUCACACUUCAUUGCACAUCAUAGAAUUCAUACUGGAGAGAAGCCUUAUGAAUGCAAUGACUGUGGGAGAUGCUUUACUAAAAAAUCCCAACUCUGUGUGCAUCAAAAAAUUCACACAGGAGAGAAAACUAGUGUAUGUGCCGAGUGUGGAAAGGCAUUCACUGAUAGAUCAAAUCUCUUAACAUACCAGAAAAUCCAUACUAGAGAAAAACCUUAUAAAUGCAGUGACUGUGGAAAAGCCUUCACCUGGAAGUCACGUCUUUCUGUCCAUCAGAAAUCUCAUACAGGAGAGAGACAAUAUGAGUGCAAUAAUUGUGGGAAAACUUUUAUCCAGAAAGCAACACUAAGCAUGCAUCAGAUAAUUCAUACAGGAAAGAAACCCUAUGCUUGUACAGAAUGUCAGAAGGCCUUCACUGGCAGAUCAAAUCUCAUUAAACACCAGAAAAUUCAUAAUGGAGAAAAAUUCUAUGAAGUCACUGUCUGAAAAAGCCAGCAGUAGGAAAUCAUAACAGAAUAUGCAACAAAUGUCUCAUGGUGGGGAAGAGGCAUGUCUGAAGCUGCAAUUAUUGUGUAAGUGUGACAGGUUCUGGCUUAAGUUAAAAGAAGAUAAACAAAACCAGUAUCUUUCUGUUCAUUGGAAAUACCUGCAAUAUAUUUGUAAUUAUAAUGUGAUCACCUAUUU